AUGGUGAAGACAAGUAAAACUGGGUCCAAGGUAGCGGUGUCAGUACAGAAAGGGGCUGAGAUUACUAACACACCCCCUCAGCGGGGACAUGGAAACUAUCCUGCCGUGAGCCAGCAAAGUGCUACAGCCUCCACAAGCCCUUCUAUCCUUCGAAGGUCAGAAGCUGGGCCUCCCACCAUUCCCCCUUCAUCAGACUAUCCUCCAUCUGUCUCCUUCCAAUUAGGACCUGGCUUCUCAGGAGCACCCAUCCUUCGAGGAACCGAGAGCCGAUCGAAAUCAGAAGCAUACCGCCAUUCCUCUGUUCAGCGAAAGAUCCAGCAAGCUCAGACAUCAGCUUCUCCUGCCAUCCAGAUGCAGCGGAACGUCAGUCCACCCAAAGAGGAGUCAACACGAAGAGGGGGUGAGAGCAAGUCAGGGUGUGACCGCUAUAAUCGUUACUCAUUAACCCCAGAUGCCAGAUCCUCUCGCCAUUUGAGUUUUGCAGACCAGAAGGAUAACGCACAAAUCGUACAAGAAGACGACACACCCUCCAAGGUCCAGUACCCACAAGGAGUCCGAGUUUCCCGCAGGACUUUGAUUUUCCCAAAGGAUGAAGCAGUCCAAACUGAACCAACUCGAAAGAGUGUGACUGCUGCUGAGAUCAAAUUUUUUCCAAGGAGACCCUGUAGCCCAGAGCAUGGCAGCAGCCGUGUCUGUGCAGACACUCGGACAGCCCAGAGAAGGACCCCUAGCCAAGAGCCUGAAACGGGUCGUCACAGCUCAAUUUAUCCAGAACCCAAGGCCUUGCAUAGGAAUAUAAACUUGGCAUCAUCCCUCAGACUCUCUGUCCUUAAAGAUAAUACAGAUGGUGGACACCGAGUUUCUCUGCGUACAGAGCCUGAGUCUGUCCACAAGCAUUCCGCCUACACUGAAACCAAGUCUUUCCCCAAAGUCUUAAUAUCAUCAGAAGUGGAGCCCAACAUGAAGUCCUCGAUGCGAGGAGACAGCGAGGGUGGCCGCAGGGUCACCAUCUCCUCAGAGGUACAGACAAUGCAGCCAGCUCAUCGUGUGACAUCUCGAGCAGUAUCUGAGAGCCCCCACAAGUCUUCCAUGGUUGCCACUCCAGAGCCCGUCUAUAAGCAGCACACUCAAAGACCCUCAGAAAGUGUCUGCACGUCCUCAGGACCCUCACUCAGGUAUCCAGAACCCUCCCGAAAGCCCUCUGUUCAUGCAAAACUGGAACUGAGCCCUCGGCCCUUACCCCCUCGGGCCUUACCUAGGUACGGGCCUGAGUCGUCCUGGUGGGCCUUACUCAAUCCUGAAGCUGAAAUGCCCCAAAGCUGGCCAACAGCACCUGAUUUCGAGCCUAAGUCCCCUCCUCCCCUAGACCCUCUAUUGUCCUUUUUUGAAAUGGACUCAAGCCCUUUCUGUGAGGAUCUGAUGUUUCAGAGGGAGAAGGCAAGUCCAGCAGCAGCACCAGCAGCACCAGCAGCACCGCUACCAUCACCAAAGGAGCCUCCAAGCCAGGCACCAUUGAAGGAAGUGUCACAGGCCCCCCAAAGCACCACCAAACAACCCAUUCAAAGGUUUAGUGCUUUCUUCUUGGAUGUCUCUGAGGAAAUGUACAAUCGCAUCAUCUGGUGGCUAGAAGGUCUGUGCUUUUCCCUCCUGUGGGUGCAUUGUGGGGGUUUGGGAGGCAGGAGGACAGGCGGGAAGGUUGCCUCGAUGUGUCUCCAGAGCUAGGUCUCUUAGGACACGGUACAUGUUGGGGCUUUGACUUGAAGGAACAGACGAACUUCUCAUCUUGCCUAAAAUUCCACUAUUAGUUAAUCCUUUGGGGCUUGGAACCUAUUUCAUUUUCAAGAGCCUCUUUUUAAUGGGAGGUAGUGACUUCUGGAAUGGAGAACAAUUUAAGCCCAUGGCCUUUCAGCUUAGCUGGUCUUCACUAUCAUGUGAUAAAAACAAACCCCACCGAAACAAAUUACCUGCUUCACAGUCUCACUCAGAGCUGACCCCACACUAAUUCAGGUUGAGGGGUCUCCUCAUGUGCCUCUCUGGUUCCUCAGACCCUUCCUCAAGCCCCCAUCCCAGGACCUGGGAGAUACUUAUUGGCUGCUACCCAGCAAAAUCUCCAGGGGUAUCUGGGCCUCCACCUUGAGGCCAUCAGUGGAUCCUGCAGCCGACUCGAGAGUCCUUAAGAGAAGUGUCCUCAGGGCCUGGCGACCCCCUGAGCCCCUUUGCACUCUUGACCUCUGUGAUGGGCAAGAAGGUAGGGACCAGCCCUGAUGCAGUGAAUCUUAGUGGCAAGGAGUUCCUGCUUCAAGUGUUGUCGUCCAAAAUACGCACCAGCCCUGUGAGCAUGAGCAAGGCCAGGGCUCUGGAUGAGAAAGUUCCUAGAAAAGAGCGAGCCCUGGGAAUGCAGUCCAGUCCCAACCAGCAUGAGCCCCCAAGUGAUAGAGAAGGGCAGCCCUGCCCCUCAGAGGGAGCAAAGCUCCCGUAAAGUAGUGGUUUAGUAGAAUAUGGAUUCUGGAGUUAUAUUAUGGGUGUUGAGCGCUGUGUCCACUAUUUUCUAACUGUAACCUUGGGUAAGUAUUUUACCUCUCUAAUCAUGAGCUUUCCGCAUCUGUUAAUGGGAACGAUGACUUCCUUUUAGGAUCCUUGUGAGGACUGACCAAGCUAUUACAUGGAAAGCAUUUAGCCUGGUCCCUGGCAACAAGGAGCACUCAAAUGCUAGCUGUUGUUAUCUGGGCCACUUGCACUAGGAGGGGAUUUGGGCCUGGUUAUGCCCAAGUCCACUGGAUAUCUGUAGUAAAAUUCUCUCUUUCCCCUCCUGUUGACACUCUCUGAACUCCAUUUGCUGCUCACUGGGGAUGCCUGGC